ACAACAAUUAAGCCAUAGACUACUCUCCCAUUCAUCAAUCCUACGCCACCCACCCACCCCACACAAUCUCAAACCACCAGAGCACGGUCGUGCGGUGCUUUGCUCUGGUGGGUUCUACUUAGAAGAGAGGUUAAAAAUUGAGCAAAAAUGGGUCAAGGAAUAAGUUGUGCAUCUCUAAAUAACCAUGGUGAUGAUAUCUUUAAAAUAGCUGAAUUAGGUGAUUUGGCCGCUCUUAAAUCAGUGAUAGAUGAAGACCCUCAACUUUUAUAUGAAGUUUCUCUUUAUGAUCGUAACUCCCUACUUCAUGUUGCUGCUUCUAAUGGCCAGAUCGAUGUUGUUUGUUGGCUUUUGGAACAAUCGGUUAAUCUUGAUGCUGUUAAUCGCCAUAAGCAGACACCUCUUAUGUUGGCUGCAAAACAUGGGAAAAUCUCAUGUGUUGAGAAGCUUCUUCAUGCAGGAGCAAAUAUUUUGAUGUUUGAUUCAUGGCGAGGAAGAACUUGCCUACAUUAUGCUGCCUAUUAUGGGCAUUCACAUUGUUUAAAAGCCAUUCUUUCUACAGCUCGUACAUCACAUGUUGCCUUGUCUUGGGGUUUUGCUCGAUUUGUGAAUAUUAGAGAUGGAAAAGGUGCAACCCCAUUGCACUUGGCAGCUUGUCAUAGACGGCCUGAAUGUGUUCAUAUUUUGCUAGAUCAUGGGGCUUUAGUAUGUGCUUCUACCGGACGAUUUGGUAGAUAUCCUGGAAGCACUCCGCUUCAUUUGGCUGCACGAGGAGGAUCCCUCGAUUGUACUCGUGAAUUGCUGGCAUGGGGCGCUGACCGGCUGCAAAGAGAUGAGGCUGGGAGAAUACCGUACAUGGUGGCUUUGAAGUAUAAAUAUGGGGCAUGUGCUACCUUGUUAAACCCUUCAUCAGCAGAGCCGCUAGUCUGGCCUUCACCGUUAAAGUUCAUCAGUGAGCUUAAACCUGAGGCGAAACUUCUACUUGAGCAGGCUCUAAUGGAGGCCAAUAGGGAGAGGGAAAGAACCAUUUUAAAAGGAACGGGAUAUUCCAUUGCUUGUCCAUCACAUUCAGAAGACGGGAUAGCCGAUGAUAGUUUGUCGGAGGCUAGUGACACUGAAUUAUGCUGCAUAUGCUUUGAUCAAGUCUGUACAAUUGAAGUCCGAGACUGUGGGCAUCGAAUGUGUGCCCAUUGCACCCUAGCUCUGUGCUGCCAUAACAAGCCAAACCCAACAACUGCAAGCAUAACUCCUCCUGUUUGCCCAUUUUGUAGGAGCGACAUUGCCCAUUUAGUAGUUGCUAAGCUAAGCACAGAAACUGAGGAUAUUGAGUUGAGUUCCUCGAAUUUGAAGAAACCAAGGCGAUCUAGGAAUUUGAGUGAAGGAAGUAGCAGUUUCAAGGGCCUAUCUGCAUUUGGUAAGCUAAGUCUUCGGGGUUCAGGGAGAAUCACUGCCGAUGAGUUUAUUGAUAAGCCCAAUGAAUAGAAAAAUUAAGACGAUUGGAGGUCCGAUCGUUUGAAUAGGCGCUGAAAGGUCGUUCGUGAUCGGUCUAAGAACCUAUUUUCAGGUAAAAUUAUAAUUAUAUAUGUAUAAAUUGCAGAAGAAAAAAAAAUAAAUGUGAGUUUUGGCUGUAAGGCCAGAGGAUGAAGGAAGGAAGAAUUAUAUACGGUUACAUCGGGUUUGGUGGGUGUGUUCAAUGUGGGAGUCAUAAUUUGUUGUAGUCUAUCUUUGCUUAAGUUUCAAUGAAGUUGAAGUGCAAGCACAAGCCAUAAUUCUUUUUUGGGGUGUCUAGUAGAAGUAUUAGAUAGGUACAAUUCUUUGUUUACCAUUAAAAUGAAUUUUUCAUUCAUCAAUGGCUGCUUGAUUAAAUAUUAUCAUUGGUACACCCUUUUGUAUGACUCUAAAACAAUGUGAGGGAGAAGGGGAGGUUCACCUACAUUGUCAUCCUUCUUCCGGCUCUCUCGCCUCGCCCUCGAUUCAUGGAAAGAGAGUGUGGAGCAUUUGCAAGUCAUGUUCUACUUUUGGCUUAUUCUUCAAUGGUGUAAAACCCACAAUACAAUGUAUAUGAAUGCUUUGAAAUUAUGUUUGCAAUACUAAUUAAAUAAGAGUUUUUUUGAA